AUUUAGUAAUUAGCAGCAGCAGAAGCAGCAGCAGCAGACACAGCCAUGGCUGCAGCUCCCGAAAACGUCCCUUCCUUCAUCGCCGCUCAGCUCAGUCACCUCCUCGCCCACUUCCGUCUCACCCUCAAGGUUGAUCAAAUGUGGUCCGCCGACAAAUACAACUCCGGUCCCUUCGAUCGCUUCUCCCUCCUCAUCCCUUACUGUUUGGACUUCAUCAGAUGGGAUGUUAUAUUCGACGCCGAGUCUCCCAAUGCUGCUCCCGAUGUUAUUUUUGGCCCCGAGGACGAUAAUUUUCACCCCUUUCACAUGCCCCCUUCCCCCGAAUCAAAUAACAACUGUUUGUCAGAUUGGAACUACAAAGACCCCUCGUGUCUCUUAACCCUCAUUCAGUUCUUGAGGGAUCAGUAUGUGCUGUACCAGAGGAAGCGCGUUGAAGAGGUUGAUGAUGAACGCUUGAAAUUUGAAAUCAGCACUAUCUUGUCCAGGGAGGGAAUAGAAAUGUAUACGGGCUCUAAUGCUGAGAAGUUAGAGGAGGUUAAAUUUGCUGUGCCCUUACUGGACAUGAACAUAAACAAUAUGGUGUCUUGCUGUCCCUGGAGAUAUUCCCAGAAGAUAUACUUACAGGUUGUAUAUCCUGUUGGAAGAAAAUAUACGUCAGUACCUUCGGCUCCUCGUCUGAAGUUGGUAUCUUCUCCUGAGCUGAAAGCCGUUUUUUCCAUUGAUGAUGUCAAGCUACCUUCUUGGGUGGAUGGCAUGUGUUUGGCAGAAUAUCUUCCAAAUCUGGAAGAAUAUCUCGGGAAACAGGUCUUAGAGGCUGUUUCACUAAUUGAAGUUAGAAGGCAGUUCAUUGAAGCCUUAGCCAGUCCGUUUGGAAGGCCAAUUGAAGCUGAUCCUAUUUUUUGCAGGAAGGCAACUUUUCUUUGUGCAUCUGGUGUUUUCACAUUCCUGGUACAUUUCAUGAUUCCAUCUCAAUUUCCAAAGCAACAGCCGGCUGUUAUGCUUCAAAGUUCACAGCAUUUUAAUUCACAAAUGGCACCUUUGAAGUCACGGCUUAUCUCUGAUUAUCCAUGGAGUCCGAGAUGGGAACCAUUACAGAUGGCUGAGCGUAUUUGUGAGUUUCUGGCAGAUGAGGCCUUGAACUUCAAGAGGCAAUGCAGUGAGGGUCAGGUUCAGUAGUAACAUAACCAAUCUCUAAACAUGUUCGUUCAAAAAUGUCAUUUUGCGAUCUUCUUGAUCAUUGCAACUUUUUGGGAUCCACUUUAAAUGAAAUUGCAUUUGGAAUUUUUCUUGUAUUUAGCUCUCUGUAUUGUUAAUAUCGACAUGGAAAAGAAAAAGGGUAUAUAGUUAGUUUUUUUCCGAUGAUUUUA